AAAUGAAACGUCAGGAAUCAAAACCCUAAUUGCAUUCGAGGCCAAACGGCCUUCAGCGCAGAACCUGCGAGGCACAGCGGUGGAGAACCUGCGAGGCGUCGCGACCCUUCGACGUCCCAAAAUCGCUCUGGUCGCAGAGUGAAAUGAAGGUCAGUCCAUCUCCGAGUUCAUGAAAAUUCACGCAUGUCCAUUGUCAGUGGACUCGAUCCCAUGCUCGUCAACCUCGCUCGCCGAGCCCUGCUUCAAGCUAGGGUGGUCCUUGCGGUUCCCAACCCAGCUCAAACCCUGUUCAGACUGUCCUCGACCUCCUCGGAAUCGCACUCCUUCACGGUCUCGCACCUCGUUAAUGCCUGCGGGUUGUCACCAGAGUCCGCCCUUUCCGCGUCGCGGCUCGUCUGCUUCGAAACCCCUUCGAGGCCCGACUCGAUCCUUCGUUUGCUCCGGGAACGAGGUUUCUCUCGGACCCAGAUCUCCAACGUCGUUACCAGAUACCCCCGGUUGCUUUUGACGAGCCCGGACACGAUUCUCUUGCCAAAGAUCAAUUUUUUGCGCUCCAGAGGCUUUUCCGAUGCUGAUGUAGCCAGAGUCAUAAGUGCAUUGCCGAGGUUAUUGGCCAGGAGCUUGGAGAACCAUUUGAGGCCCACUUUGGAUUAUAUUGGCGAUCUGGUGCAAUCCGGUCAGAAUGCCGUUGCAGCCAUCAAACGUUGUCCGAGGACUUUGUACGAGGAUCCGGGAACUCUACUCAUUCCCAAAAUCACGAUUUUGAGGAAUGCUGGAGUGCCUCCAGCAAACAUUGGGCACUUAGUUCUGUAUCAUGGGCCGAUAUUCCUGGCAUCGACUGAACAGUUCGAUAAGGCUGUGGAUAAGGUUAAGGCGAUGGGUUUUAAGCCUUCAAAAAUGGGUUUUGUCUCGGCUUUACAUGUACUUAGGGGUAUGUCCGAGUCGUUGUGGAGGAGGAAAAUCGGCGUGUAUGGCAAGUGGGGUUGGUCGGAGGAGGAAGUUGCUUCAGCCUUUAGGAGGCAUCCGUGGUGUAUGGCGGCAUCGGAGAUCAAAAUUACGAAAGCGAUGGACUUCUUUGUCUAUGAGAUGGGGAUUGAUUCUUUGCAGAUUGCGCGGCGUCCGGUGGUGAUCUCACUGAGCUUACGAAAGCGAAUUGUUCCUCGGUGUUUAGUGUUUCGAGUCCUGUUGUCUAAGGGGUUGGUCGAUACCCCUAGCUUGGCUACAUCCUUGAUAGUUCCAGAGAAGAGGUUCCUAAAGGAAUUCGUGACCCGUUAUUUGGGAAAAGCACCCCAGUUAUUGGAUCUUUAUAACGAGAAGAUGGGUCUUGCAAGCUAGCCCUGAAUUUUACGCACUUGUUCGGGCUAAUCUAGGAUGCUUAUGAAAGCAAAGGAUAUCAUACUCCUGCUCUAUUGAGCUAAUUUUAUAAUUGGUGAAGCUGGGAUUUCUGUUACUCGCCUUCUUUUUUUCAUCCCUCCAGUUCUCCAUUUGUAUCUGUGUUCUAUCAUAAUAUGCUCUGUUUUUCAUUAGGAAGAGUAUGCUCCCUCAUGAAGAAAGCUUUGGUCAUAAUUGAAAUGAAGCAAUUCACUGCAGCUUGUUGAGCAUGUA